CGCCUCAAUUCCCGCCCCCGCGCCGGCCAAGUGUAAGAGGGUCGCGCACCCCAGUAAGAGGGAGCCCUGCGAGGCAGACCACAGCAACGCUCGAAGGGCUCCUGCUCGUGCUGCACCUGCUGAAGCCAUAGCAAGCAUGUUUUGGUCCCAGUGGAGAUUUGGCUCACUUGGUAGUAACACAAAAUUCCUGAAGACAAUUUAUUCUUCAACAAUCCUUGGACGCCCUACUUCUGCUAACAUGUCUUCAAAAUUCAAAAAUACAAAACGAAUCGAAGGACUUGAUGAAAAUGUAUGGAUUGAAUUUACCAAGUUGGCUGCAGACCCCUCUGUUGUGAAUUUAGGCCAAGGGCUUCCAGAUAUUUCCCCUCCUGUAUAUUUAAAGGAAGAAUUAUCAAAGAUCGCAGCAAUUGAUUGCCAGAAUCAGUAUACACGUGGCUUUGGUCAUCCAUCACUUGUGAAAGCUCUUUCUUCCCUGUAUGGAAGGUUUUAUAAAAAUCAAAUCGAUCCAAAUAAAGAAAUCCUUGUGACUGUAGGAGCAUAUGGAUCUCUGUUUAGCACCAUUCAAGGUUUAAUUGAUGUGGGAGAUGAAGUCAUAAUAAUAGUGCCUUUCUAUGACUGCUAUGCGCCCAUGGUGAGAAUGGCUGGAGCCACACCUGUUUUUGUUCCCCUAAGAUCUAAAUCUGUUGCUGGGGAAAAACGAUCUAGCUCUGACUGGAAAAUAGAUCCUAAAGAACUGGAAAGUAAAUUUAAUUCCAAAACCAAAGCUAUUAUACUUAAUACUCCACACAACCCCAUUGGCAAGGUGUAUACCAAAGAGGAACUCCAAGUAAUUGCUGACCUUUGCAUCAAAUAUGACACACUCUGCAUCAGUGAUGAGGUGUAUGAAUGGCUUGUGUAUACUGGACAUAAGCAUUUAAAAAUAGCCUCUCUUCCAGGUAUGUGGGAGCGAACAAUCACAAUAGGAAGUGCUGGAAAGACUUUCACUGUUACUGGCUGGAAGCUUGGAUGGUCCAUUGGUCCUCAUCAUCUGAUAAAACAUUUACAGACAGUUCAACAAAAUACCAUUUAUACUUGUGCAACUCCUUUACAAGAAGCCUUGGCUCAAGCCUUUUGGAUUGACAUCAAACGCAUGAAUGAACCAGAGUGUUACUUUAAUUCUCUACCUAAAAUGUUAGAAGUAAAAAGAGAUCGGAUGGUGCAUUUACUUGAAAGUGUGGGCCUGACCCCCAUAAUUCCUGAUGGAGGUUACUUCAUCGUUGCUGAUGUUUCUUCACUAGAUGCAGACGUCUCUGACAUGAAGAGCAGUGAGCCUUAUGACUAUAAGUUUGUGAAGUGGAUGAUUAAAAAUAAGAAACUUUCAGCCAUCCCAGUUUCAGCAUUCUGUAACUCAGAGAACAAAUCACAGUUUGAGAAGUUUGUGCGAUUUUGCUUUAUUAAGAAAGACAGUACACUGGACGCUGCUGAAGAAAUCAUCAAGGCCUGGAGUAAAAAGUCCUAAUCCAUCCACACCCGCUGUGUAGCAUUACUGUUCAGUGCUGCCACCUGCUGGAUACUUAGAGACAAACAUUUCCAUACAAAUGAAAUUGCAACUCUUCCAUUAUUUUUCCAGUGAAGUUCACACCACCAUUGAUAGUACUCAGGGAAUUUGAUUUCUUUGUGUGACUUGCUAGAUAGCAUAAUGAAUAAGAACAGGGAGAUGCUGAUUACUGCUUGAUUUGUUUCCUAAUCCUAACAAGGGUAUAAAAAUAGCACUUUAUAUUAAUUUUGUGGGGUGUUUGUCAGAAUGACAUGGGCUGACAAUAUGGGCUGGCAAUCAAUAAACACUCAACUGAUGUUAACCAGC